GCCUCAGAUCAUACAUCUUCCUCUACGAAUCCACAGAUCAAACACGCCGCACCCUCCACGACUCACGUCUCUCUACACCACAUACCGUCAACAUGUCUGACGACUGGGAAUCCACCACCAAGAUCGGCAGCAAGGUCCGUGGACCUGGUGUCGCCACACGCGAGACCACGAUCAAAGGCAAGAGUGCUCUGAACGCUGCGCAACGCAGCGGAGCCAUCGUCGGCACGGAGAAGAAGUUCGCUACCGCCAACACCGGCAGCAACCCCGAAGGCCAACGCCUCACAAAAGUCGACCGCGCCGAUGGCCCCGUCGCGACGAAAAAGGUCCCCGACGAAGUCGCCAAAGCCCUGCAGCAGGCUCGCACGAAGCUGAAGAACCAGAAGGGCGCCACGAUGACGCAGAAGGAUCUCGCGAACAAGGCCAACGUCGAUGUCGCAGCGGUGGCGGCGCUCGAGCGCACGGGAGCGGAUUUUCCAGCCAUGGACGUGGUGCUCAAGUUGCAGAAGGCGGCGAACGUCAGGCUUACGGGAUCGAACAUUGGAGAUCCGAUGCUUGGACCGAAGAAGUAGACCCUGAGGACAGGAUAUGAGGGAAGGAAUGGAUCUGCUUCUUUGCGACUUAGCGGAUAUGGAAAUACCUGGGCAUGCAUUCAUGAUGGUUCGGGAGCUGCUGCCAAGCGGAGAGCUUCUGGUCUUG